UCUCUAGAAAGCGACACCGACCCCUCUUCCUCUCCUCCCUCCGUCUCCUCCAUUCCAGGAGCCUCCUCCUCCUUCCUCUUCUUAUAGAGAGAGAGAGAGAGAGAGAGAGAGAGAGGGGACCACGGCCGCAGCCGCACCGCCCACCUCCACCCGGAUCGAGCCGGGCCGAGUCAGCUAGGGUUCGCGUGCCAGGCAAGCGCCAUGGCAGGCUGCUCCAGGGGCUCGCUCCCCACCUGGAUGACCGCCGCCGCCUCGCGGGUCGACCUCUCCGGCGGCGCCGCGCCGUCGCACCAGGGCUCCUCUCCAUCCCCCUCCUCCUCGGGUCCCGCGCCAGCCGCGGGGGCGGACCAGGAACUCGGGAUGGUCGAGCGCGCGCUCUCCGCCGCCGGCGCCGCCUUCCUCUCCGCCGUCAUCGUCAACCCUCUCGACGUCGCCAAGACGAGGUUGCAGGCGCAGGCGGCGGGGGUGCUGUACCACCACCCACCCCAGAUGGCGGCGCUCGGGCCGGAUGCGAUUCUGUCUGAGUUCAGAUGUUCUCCAUCAUGCACACGUGGUAUCAUAUUGGGAAGUGAGCCUGUUUGCCCUCCUGAUUGCUUCCAGUACAAGGGAACACUAGAUGUAUUCUUGAAAGUUGUUAGACAGGAGGGAUUCGGUAGAUUAUGGAGAGGUACCAAUGCAGGCUUGGCAUUAGCUGUACCAACCGUUGGAAUAUACUUGCCUUGUUAUGAUAUAUUCCGCAACUGGAUUGAAGAUUUCACAAGAAGUAAUGCUCCUGGCUUGACACCAUUUGCCCCGCUAGUAGCAGGAUCAGUUGCACGUUCAUUAGCAUGCAUUGCUUGUUCUCCAAUUGAGUUGGCAAGGACACGAAUGCAGGCAUAUAAAGAAUUUCGACCUGGAGUAAAGCCUCCUGGAAUGUGGAAAACGUUGGUUGGGGUUCUCUCACCGCUUGCAAGUUCAAGUCAGAAUGUACAAAACUACCGUGUUCUGUGGACUGGGGUGGGUGCACAACUUGCUCGGGAUGUUCCUUUCUCUGCUAUAUGCUGGACAACUCUUGAGCCGAUUCGAAAAAAGCUGCUUGGUCUUGUUGGAGAAGAAGGUAAUGCAGCGAGUGUAUUGGGAGCAAACUUUGCUGCUGGCUUUGUAGCAGGUAGUCUUGCUGCUGGUGCUACAUGCCCUCUAGAUGUUGCAAAGACAAGGAGACAGAUAGAGAAGGAUAUGGAGAAGGCAAUGAGAAUGACUACAAGGCAAACAUUAAUUGAGAUAUGGAGGUCUGGAGGCCCGAAAGGUUUGUUCACUGGUGUUGGUCCGCGCGUUGCACGUGCUGGCCCAUCCGUUGGAAUCGUCAUUUCCUUCUACGAGGUCGUCAAGUAUGCUCUCCAUCAAAGGCACACUUCAUGACCCAGAUUUGUCAAAAAGAUGGAAAUCACUUCUCCCAUGUUGUAAAAAAAGGACCUACACUGUUCCGCUAAUGGUUCCACUUGGGUACUCUGAGCUUUCGGCGGCGGCAGGGUGACGUGUAACUUGGAGGAUCGAAGUGCUCAGCAGUCCAACAGGCUUUUUCAUGGACGCUGUCCAAUUUGGCCGAAGAUACCAUUUUGAUCAGUUUUUCCAUUGAGCGGGCUCCAGUUUUGUCAGGUCGUUUGGACAAUCGUCUAAGCUUGUCUUUCAGACGAAGUUGGAACUGCUUCCAUUAACUUAGGUAGACGCUGUACUUGAAGGUGUAGCGCUGACACUGAUCAAUAAUACCUUGCACUUAGUAUCCUCUGAACAACAGAAGAAAUUUUUGCAGUGUUUUUGUCUCCAAUGUCGAUGAUUUAAUCCCACCUUAUCGAGUGGGCUUUUAGUUACCUUAAUUUUAGUGCUUGCUACAAGGUUAAGCUGGGUAUGAUUAUUAUGAUUUGAUCACUGGUGAACAUGGUUUA